GUGGCAGAGUCAAAGCUGGCAAAGUUUGUCGAAGAUAUUAUUGUUCCUCCAAGGAUGAUAGACAUAAUUGUUGAUGGGGAGGUUAAUGAGGAAUACAUGAGGACUCUUGAAAUUUUGAGUAAAAAGCUGAAGUUUGCAGAUGCAGAUCCCAUGGUUAAAACAUCAAAAGCUCUGAAAGAUGUUCAGCCUGAGCUAGAAAAACUUCGGCAGAAAGCGGUCUCCAAGGUAUUUGAUUUCAUGGUUCAGAAGCUAUACGCUUUAAGGAAACCCAAAACUAAUAUCCAGAUCCUUCAGCAGAGUAUCCUUCUAAAAUAUAAGUAUAUCCUUUCCUUUCUCAAGGAGCAUGGCAAGGAGGUGUAUCUUGAGGUUCGAGCAGCAUAUAUUGACACAAUGAACAAGGUUCUAAGUGCGCAGUUCCGCGCUUAUAUUCAAGCUUUAGAAAAGCUGCAGUUGGAUAUAGCAACAUCUAAUGAUCUGAUAGGUGUUGAGACCAGAAGCACAGGUCUUUUUUCAAGAGGAAGAGAACCGUUGAAGAACAGGUCUGCAGUUUUUGCUCUUGGAGAAAGGAUCAACAUUCUCAAGGAGAUUGAUGAGCCUCCACUAAUUCCACAUAUUGCCGAAGCCAGCUCAAAAAAAUAUCCGUAUGAGUUCCUUUUCAGGAGUUUGCACAAGCUGCUCAUGGAUACUGCUUCUUCUGAGUACCUUUUCUGUGAUGAUUUCUUUGGAGAAGAGGCGAUGUUUUAUGAUAUUUUUGCUGGCCCAUUUUCAGUAAUUGAUGAGCAUUUCGGUACAAUCCUUCCCAACAGUUUUGAUGCAAUUGGCCUGUUGCUCAUGAUUCGCAUAAUACACCAGCACCAGCUUGUAAUGUCCAGGCGCCGAAUUCCAUGCCUGGAUUCAUACUUAGACAAGGUCAAUAUUGCUUUAUGGCCACGUUUCAAGAUGGUCUUUGACUUGCACCUCAACAGCUUGCGAAAUGCCAAUAUCAGGACUCUCUGGGAAGAUGAUGUUCACCCACAUUAUGUCAUAAGGCGCUAUGCUGAGUUUACUGCUUCCCUUAUUCACCUUAAUGUAGAAUAUGGAGAUGGGCAGCUUGAACUGAAUCUGGAGAGACUCAGAAUGGCUGUUGAUGACUUGCUUGUCAAGCUAGCCCAAAUGUUUGCAAAACAAAAGCUGCAAACAGUGUUCCUUAUAAACAAUUAUGACAUGACAAUAUCGGUUCUGAAGGAAGCUGGUCCAGAUGGUGGGAAAAUUCAGCAGCACUUUGAAGAGCUUUUAAAGAAUAACACAGCCAUAUUCGUGGAAGAACUGCUCUUGGAACAUUUUAGCGAUCUUAUCAAGUUUGUAAAGACGAGAGGAUCUGAGGAUUCAAGUACUAGCACUGAAAGACCUAUAACUAUUGCUGAAGUCGAGCUGAUUGUGAAGGACUUUGCAAGCAGAUGGAAAGCUGCUAUUGAACUUAUGCACAAUGAUGUCAUUACUUCUUUCAGCAAUUUCCUGUGCGGUAUGGACAUUCUAAGAGCUGCAUUAACUCAACUUCUUCUUUACUAUACGAGGCUUUCUGAUUGUAUAAAGAGGGUAAAUGGUGGGUCUACCUUGAACAAGGAUCUUGUUUCAAUUUCGUCCAUAAUGUAUGAGAUCAGAAAAUACUCGAGGACUUUCUAAAACAUUUUUCACAUUUCGUGUUCGUUUUACAGUCUUUCUUUUUUCCUUUUUCUUUUAGAGUCUCUUGAAUCACUGUAUUUACGUUAAAGGCGUCUCAAUUGAACAUCAAAUUGUCGUUGUGGCAUUUUGUAAGAUCUUGGGUUUUCAAAGAAAUCAUUUUAUGACUUCGAAAUA